ACGUUGUCAAUGGUAAACAACUCAUACGGUGGAAAUAUUUUCAAUUAUCUUGUCAAAAAUGUGCAUAACUCCUGACCUUACAAAAGAGAAGUGAAGAAGUCAAUGUACACCUACAUUAUGCAAGAAUGUUUGACAGUUACUGCUUGAGGCGUGGGCCUUAUACAUAAAGAAGAAGUCUGUUGCUAUGCCCUGGUUACUUGAAGUCGUAUUUUAAAUCUGACUUAUGACAGCCCACCGAAGGAGAUAGCAGUUUGCAGGGGCGGCCUCUAUAAUUUCACCGAGGUAUCAAGGCAGUAUGACAAUAUGUAUACAGCUUAUAGGGAACAUCAAUGUUUGUGGUUGAUAAGAAGAGAACGCGACCUUAACUCGUGUACGACGCUUGGGGGACGAAGUCAAAGGUGAAGUUGUGCUAAGUGCUGCAUCAGCGUAUCCUAUAUAGCCUACAUCAACUUUCUUUUAUCUAAAAGGCCGAGUGAAAGCUUUUUUAAUGAAAUAUGGCGGUAAGAAGCCUCCAAGAGUUAACUUCGUUGGGACUUUACCGCUCAGCCUUGGCUGAAUUUGUAGGGACGUUGUUCCUAGUCUUCGUCGCCUGCGGCUCUGUGACGGGGCGCACUGCACCCUCCAUAGUUCAAGUCGCUUUUACUUUCGGUCUCAGCGUCGCCACCGUAGUGUGGGCCGUCGCUCACGUCAGCGGCGGCCACGUUAACCCGGCAGUCACGGUUGCCAUGGUAACCACGCGCAGGAUAAGCGUUGCCAGGGCGGUUCUCUACGUCAUCAUGCAGUUACUCGGCGCGGCCGCCGGGGCCGGACUCCUGAAAGCCGUAGUCCCUUACAGUUCAAUCAACAAUCCAAGGGGUUUAGGGGUGACCACCGUGGAUGGAGAAGUGACCGCUGGUCAAGCGUUAGGGAUAGAGUUCCUGAUCACAUUUGUGCUGGUGUUCACAGUAUUUGCUACCUGUGAUGGAAGACGCACAGACUUAUCCGGGUCGGGUCCGCUAGCAAUAGGGCUGUCCGUCACUAUGUGUCAUCUAUUUGCGAUCCAGUACACGGGGUCAAGCAUGAACACAGCUCGUAGUUUCGGUCCCGCCUUGGUACAAGGAGAGUGGUCUAAACACUGGAUCUACUGGUUCGGGCCUAUACUAGGUGGAAUGGCCGCCGGGCUGUUGUACGACUUCGUUUUUGCUGCCGACGCCUGCAAGAACAAAUUCAAGCAAUAUCUCACAAACUGGAAAUAUGAUCCGGACACGUUUUCAGAGCCCGGAACAGGGGUAAAGAGAGAAAGAGUCCCCAGCGACGUCGGUGAUGAGACGGCUGAGGAGCUCAAUCGGCUUAAUUCAACAGCAAGAGAGGAGGACAGGGAGGACGACGUCUAGUCCUCUUGAGUCAAAGCCCGUCGUUCUUUAUCAAAAAAAAAAAUCAUUUCAUUUUCCAAAGCUCAACUUGUCGUUAUACCUUCCUACAGGGAUACCUGUAUAUACCCUGGGCGUAUUUCCCUGGGAGAAGAGUGCGCCAUUAGCCCCACGCAUUUAGUCGGGUCAAACGAAUUUUUAAAAUAU